AUGGCACGAGUAUGUAAUUAUGUUCAAAGGAAACAGUGGAACAAUGCAAUCCGACUAUUCAGCGCUGUAAGUGUUUUGUUCGUUAUUUCAAUUAUUGUCAAUUCUGUGAUCAUUCAUUAUUUUUAUUCCGAUUAGAAAGUAUCUCCUAACCUAAAAAGUCCUGUGCAAGUUGACUUAAUCGGACCACCGGAUCCGAUUUCGAACUUGAGACCGAUUAUUUUCGCAAAGUCUGAGAAUGAGAGCAGAUUGGAAAAGGAAUUCAGAGAAGCCAGAGAAGACACGCAAAUCUGGAAUCAAAAUUUCUGGACGGAACACAACAAUAAUUUUCAAAAGGAACGUAGACGAUUUCAGGAAACCCUGAAAGCACAGGGGAAGACGUCGAUCACCGCGGAUGAUAUGUCAAUGUUUUACAAAGAAUUUUUAGAUAAGAACUGGCAGAUGCACUUUAACUAUAAUAUCGCAUGGUAUAAAAGGAACAUUAAGUUGUUACUCCUUGAGAUCAGAGUAAGGAUAUCUAAAUUAAAACUUAGA